AUGGCAAAUCAUACGGAGAACACUGCGAAUCAGAAAAAAAGGAAGGUCUCCUUCAUGGGAAAAAUCAAGAGAGCCCUAAAAAUAUUUCAGAACAGCCCUGGGAAGGACCAGUCUUCUUGUGUAGGCCUGGCGCCCGUGCAUGAGAAAAGCAAGCCAUUGGCAGUGGACUCCACUGAGCACAUUUCAAGCGAGAUGGACUGUGCAAGCGAGGCGCCAAACACGGAAAGCGCAGAGUCCAUCCAGGAGGAGUUUUUGUUGGAGCAUGAAAAUCCUGCGGAGUAUACAGGGCGCGAAACUGGGCUGUUUUUCAACCCGAACACUGAAGUUAUUCGAGACAUCAAAGAGUUUAUUCAGAGCAUUGUUUCCAUUGUAAAAGGCACAAACAUGAUGAACGACGCAUCGUACCUUCCAAUUAUACUGCUGCACCAUUUCGAGCAGGAAGGCUACACCAUUCCCUUGGAGCUGGAGCAGGCAAGCCAGGGAUUCCACAGAAUGGACCGGGGGUGGUCGGUGCCACGGAAGGAUGUUUCAAAAGAGGAAAUAGACGAGGCCAUUGCAUCCUCGUUGGCGCCCAUGCCUUUUAUGACCGACCGGUUUGCGUUUUCCAGCUCAAUGCACUUGGCGUACACCACACUGUGCAACUCUGUGAUGGCAAGCGUCUUUAUGGAGAACAAAACCAGCACGCGCACCAAGGAAGCCAUUACGUUCUACUGCUGUGUUUUGAAGUUUAUUCGGGCAGUGGUGUCCGUGAAGCUUGCCGAGCUAAAUGAGGACUUUUUUGAAUAUAUUGGGGACUCUGAAGACGAGAAAAUUGAAAUCCAGUCCGAAGGUGAAAUUGAGCCGGAGGCUGAAGUUGAGCCUGAGAUCGAGGAGGAGUGUCCCGCAGAAAGCACAGCCAGCAAUGGCGAGGCACACUCCCAGGACACAGAAAGCGUCUCGCUUGAGUCAACUUCUGUGCAGGUUGUGGAUGAGCUGCUGGAAAAUCCACUGUUCAAGCGGCAGAGAGAGAAGUACAGUAGGCUGUCCUCUUCUCUGCAGAAAUAA